UGGGUUUUAGCAGAUCGACUUGGAGACUGCGUUCUCCAAGUGUUCAGCGUCCUAUCUUCAGCAGCUAAAGCGGGAUCUGCUGAAGGCUGUAUAGUGUUAGUGGAGCUCCCCUACUAUAAUUAUCCCAAUCUUCGUCGUUCCUCGUCAAGAUCCAAUCUCCCUGUCGCCAUUGCGUACUUGAUCGUUGCCUGGACUGCUUUCAAGUCUGGUGACCACAUACUUGAAAACGUCCACGGGUGUAGUCGACUCUUUCUCUUGUCUCACAUACUCACACUACAUUGUUUAUCGAUAAGCUCACUCCACCCCGCCGAAGUUGGAUGGCUGAUUGCCAAGCUCAAACUGCCCCACUCCGGCUCUUGAGGUCAGAAACGACCGUCCCAGAGCACGUCUGUUCUUCGCCCUAGAGAGUGAAGCACGACUCGCCCUUAUCGGUUCCUUUCCCAAAAGUUAAUUGCGCCUCCAACGAUGGCGGAAGAAUCGAAGGUGGUCGAUCCGACCAAAGAACGCGAAGCUCAGGAGGCUGCUGAGACGCUACUCAGCCUGACAAGCAAACAGGCCGCCGCCGAGUCCGAGGACGAGUCCGGCUCGGAAGCCGGAGACGGCGCGGCGCAAACACAAACCGGCGGCGAGGGCGAUGCGUCCGGGAAAAAGAAGAAGAAGAAGGGCAAGAAGAAGAAGGUCAAGCAGGCGCUGGCCGAUGCUAUGGGACGCGGCGGAAUGACGGCAGCACAGGCUGAAGCAGACCCCAGAAAGGCGAUCGAAGGUUUGACGCCUGAGCAAAUCCGCGAGUUUAUUGCCCUGAACCCGGCCCUUGCCAAUGAGCUUGCCGCCGGCGAGGGCUCGUCGGACAAGACUGCCAGUGCCAUCGAGGCGUUCAAGAAGCUCAAGCUCCAGGACAUCAUGACCGGCUUGGCGACGAGCGGGAAGAAUCGCAAGGACAUGGCGUCGUACAAGUUCUGGAGCACCCAGCCAGUCCCUCAAUUUGGCGAGGAGGAGCCCAAACUCUUCGAGGAGGGCCCGCUGAAAGUCCAGGACGUCAAGGACAUACCCACAGAACCAAUACCGCUUGCACUGGAGCCAUUCCGCUGGGUCACCAUGGAUCUCACCAACGAUACGGAGUUGGAAGAGGUUGAGAAGCUACUUUAUGGUCACUAUGUGGAGGAUGACGAGGCCAUGUUCAGGUUCAAGUACUCUAAUUCGCUGCUGAGAUGGUCUCUCCUAUCUCCAGGCUGGAGGAAGGAAUGGCAUGUCGGCAUCCGCAGCGGCAACACCCUCUGCGCUUUCAUCUCGGCCAUCCCAACCGAGAUGCGUGUGCGGAACAAGGUGAUUCACAGCGCCGAGGUCAACUUCCUCUGCAUCCACAAGAAGCUGAGAGGCAAGCGGCUUGCCCCUAUUCUGAUUAAGGAGAUCACGCGGCGGGUCAACCUCGAGGGGGUCUGGCAAGCCAUUUACACGGGCGGCAUCGUGCUGCCGCGGCCAGUGAGCACCUGCCGGUAUUACCACCGUGCGCUCAACUGGAUGAAGCUGUACGAGGUUGGGUUCAGCCCGUGCCCACCGAACAGCAAGCCGUCAUACCAGGCACGCAAGUACAACGUGCCCGAAAAUACGUCGACCCGCGGGCUCCGAGAGAUGGAGGCCCGAGACCUGGAUGCCGUACAAGAUCUCCUAGAGCGCUACUUGAAGCGGUUCGACCUCACACCGAUGUGGGAUAGAGCCGAGGUUGAGCAUUGGCUGCUUCACAAGUGGGAUGCGCCUGGCGAGCAGGUCAUCUGGUCUUAUAUUGUUGAGGACGCAAACGGCAAGGUCACCGACUUCUUCUCCUUCUACUGUCUCGAGUCCUCUGUCAUCCAGUCGCAAAAGUAUUCGUCUAUCCGCGCCGCGUACCUCUUUUACUACGCAAGCGAAGUUGCGCUGACAGCACCCGACGACCGCUCGGCGCUCAAGACGCGCUUGAAUGCGCUGGUGGCUGACGCCCUUAUCCUCGCCAAGCGACACAACUUUGACGUGUUCAACGCGCUGUCCCUGAUGGACAACUCGCUGUUCCUGGAGCAGCAAAAGUUUGGCCCGGGCGACGGCCAGCUGCACUACUAUCUCUUCAACUACAAGGCGAAUCCGAUCCAUGGCGGUGUCAACAAGCGGAACCAGCUGGAGGAGGGCGUUUCGAGCGGGGUUGGCUUUGUCAUGCUCUGAGGCAGGUGCCCCAGGUGGAUCGGUUGAAGAAUGUUGCAGAUACCCUCUCAUGAGUGUGCUAGCGCGUCAUCCAUGGCUAAAUAAACCUUCUAUGUACAGCCUUUUCCCAGCUCACCUUACUCCAAUGAUACAGUUCCCAAAGGACACAACCAGAACACCC